AUGACUGAUAUUUCAAUUAAGUUAGCAGAUCCAAUUUAUUCAAUCAAAUUGAUUGAUAAUUCAAUUAAAUAAACCAUAGAAUGUUAUGCAAUCUCUUUUAAUUCAUCUGGAUCACUUAUGAUAUCUGCUUCUAAUUAGGAUAUUAAAGUAUGGAAUUUUGCUUAAGGAAGAUUAAAAGAGAUAACAACACUUAAAGAACACACUAAUACUAUCUUUUGUCUUUAAUUUAGUCAGAAGAGUAAUAGUUUUAUAUCAGCUGAUAAUGUUAAUUCAAUUAGAUGUUGGAAAUAAAUAAAUGAAAAAGAAUGGAAAAGUUCCAAUUAAAAACAAACUAAUUAAAUAUACUGUUUAAUCUUAAAUUAAUCUGAAAACGAGUUAGUUUCUGGUGGAAAAGAAUAUUCAAUUAAAAUUUGGUAAAUUGAUUUUAAAAAGAAUAAGUUAUCUUAUCUUUACUCAUUAGAUAAACAUACUAAUUAUGUUUCAGGUUUAAGCUUUAAUAAGUCUGAAAAUAUGUUGGUUUCGUGUGGAUAUGAUAAUUAAAUAAUAAUUUGGAAAAAAGAUAAUAAAUAGAAAUGGCUAUUUGAUUAUGUAGUUACAUAACCUGUUUAAGUUUCAGGAUGUAGAUUGUGUUUUAUAAAUGAUAAUUAAUUUAUUUGGCUAACAGGAAAUUAAGUAAGCAAGGAUUGUAUCAGUAUGUUUGAAUUAAAAGAUGGAACAUAUCAAGAAAAUUUAGAUAAAGAAGUUAAAUUAAUUAAAAAUGAUAAGACUUGGGAUUUGAAUUUGUAUCCUAUCUUUUAUAAUAAAGAAAAAAGUUUGAUGGUUAUUAAACAUAAAUUACAUGUCUAUAUAAUUAAAAUAUCAAACAAUGGCUAAUUAAAUAUAAUUACAUAGAUCGAAUAUGAAUCAACAUAUAUAUUUGGAGCAUUAAGUAACGAUGGGAGAUAUUUAGUUACUUGGAAUAAGGCUGGACAGAAAUACGAUACUUAUGAAAUAUUGAUUAAUUGA